CGCUUUUUCACGUCGCAGUCCUGUCUCGGGCGAACUCCCUGCGUAUGUAUGCGUGUCUCCAGCUAGGCCAGAGAGUGAUGGCGGCGCCCGUCCUGAGAGUGUCCACCCCUCGGUGGGAAAGAAUAGCUAGGCUUCUCGUUUGCCUGUUGGGCAUACUGUUGUCUCUAUAUGCCUUUCACGUCGAGAGAGAAAAGAUUCGGGAUCCGAGUUAUAAGGCUAUGUGCGACGUCAGCAGCUCCAUCAGCUGUUCGAAAGUGUUCAGCUCAAGGUGGGGUCGAGGAUUUGGGCUCUUGGGCUCAAUUUUUGGAAAUGACAGUGCACUGAACCAACCCAACAGUGUCUACGGGAUUGUCUUUUAUGCCUUUCAGCUUCUACUAGGAAUGACUGUCAGUGCAAUGGCCGCCCUUAUUCUCAUGACGACAUCCAUCUUGUCGGUGAUGGGUUCGCUCUACCUGGGCUACAUCCUCUACUUUGUCCUAAAGGACUUCUGCAUCAUCUGCAUCAUCACAUAUGCGCUGAACUUCAUUCUCUUUAUUCUCAACUACAAGCGACUAGUUUACUUGAACGAGGCCUGGAAGCAGCAGCUUCAGGCCAAGCAGGACUAAAGCUGUCGAGAACGGCAAGACAAGUACGAAAAACAAACAAACAAAAAGAAAAAAAGAAACGUGACCUCUGAACAUUUGACUUGCCACCAGGAGACCUUGCUUCCAAACAAUGUUUAUUCUGCUGUGUGUUAAAAAAAAAAUGAAGAAAUGUAACUUAAAUGUUGGGCCUAACAUCUCAAUGUUGCAAACACGGAAGGAUUUGUAAGUGAAAGAUGAUUUUUCUUUUAAUUUCUUUUUCCUCGUUUAACAUUGUACUCACUUAAGGAAGGGGCUGGCUGUGUGUGUGAGUGCGUGUGUGUGGGGAAACGCCUCAACCCGAGCAAGCAGAAGCAGGAGGCCACAGUACAGAGCGAUGGAGGACAGCUCGCUGUUGAACAAAAAGGAUCGCAGGAAGGAGGAAAACGUGACAUCAAAGGGGUUUACUUGAAGCGGUUAGAAAGGUCAUAUUACUGCACAGCGGAUCUGCACUAUAACUCGGAACCGAAGUAUGGGUCCCAACAUUAGAAAAACACUCGUUAGGUUAUCGUACAGUUUGCAGGGGGUGGCGAUGGGGGGGGGGCAAAACGAUUAACAUUUAUACAGAAUAGUUUCUUUUCAUGUUUACACUUUGUAGUAUGUUUCUUUUAUGAAGAGGACCACUAAAAGUAAAACACAGGACAAUGUGAGAUAUUGUGUGUUAGACCAGUCAGAUUGUUUGUUUUGCAAUUCUGUAAAUAGCUGCUGAGCAAUAUUCCAGGCUAGAUUGUGAUUUAGUGUUGACACAAACCUUUUUUUUUUUUUUUUUUUUUUUUUUUUUUUAUAAAAGGAAAAACACCCCACCAACGUAACGGGGAUAACAUGAGUAAAUCUGGAACAAAAAAGCGUAAAGGUCAAGGUUGGGUGGAUGAGUGUGAAGAUGUGCUCGGGACAUCUUCCGUCCUGUAAUCCUGGUCAGGCAUGCAGUUCAGUUGUGUGGAUUUCUUUGUUGUAAGUGGUUAUUGUUUCAUCUGAAGCCACCGACACAAGUCUCUGAAACAGAACUAUGGGUUCUUUUCACCAAGUUUGCAUAAAGGCACCCUCACUUUCUUUUUUGUUUGGUUAAUGUGUGAUAAGCAUUCCUGACCACAACCCAAGUGGGAUCCAUAAAGACUUAUGUGCCUCAAGGAGUGUGAAGGUGAAUUACCUUUUUCUUUUUUUUACGUUUUGGGUGUGGGUGGGGCGGGGUAAUGUCAUGUUGACACAAGUUCUGCUCGUUGUUUUAUUGUCACAGGUCCAAGGCUUUAUUUUUCUGAUCAGUUUUGUAAAUUAAGAUACCAGUGAAGUGUUUCUCCCUCCCUAAUAGAGUCUCAUGAGGUAGCAAAAGGCUGCUACACUGUGAUUGUCUGCUGAAGUGUAGAGUGGCCCGGUGGCAGAGGCAUCUCUUAUCUUGCUGUUUUUAAAUGCUCAUUUGGCUUUUGUUCAGUCCAGCCUGUAUACAUUUGAUGUCAAAUUGAACAGUAACGGUGAUCUUGCAAAGCUGAGUUACAGUUAAUUUGCAGGAUGUGAACAAACUGUUGGAAAAUGUAAUGUUUGAUGUUGAAGCAGCAGAAACAUAAAGAGGCGUAAGAUUCUGUAAGAAAUCUACACAGUGUGUUAAGCCAUAUGUUGAGUUUGAGGGAUUUGUUUUGCUCCAGUAGGAAAGAUAUCCACUGUUUUCUAAGAUGAACAGCUGCAGACACAGAAGUUGUUGAUCUAACAUAGCAAGGUUUGUAAAGAGAUAGAUCACAGUAUGGGGGGGGGGGGAGAAAGCAACCACAGCUGGCAGUGGCAUUGCUAGAAAUCCACAGUUUUGUCAGUUCAGUUCAGCACUAAGUGACAGAGUAGGACCAUUGUCUCUCUUCCAUCCUGAAUCAACUGGUUAAAGUAUCCAGACGCAUGGUACUCUAUCUCCUGGCUUUAAGCAAAUGUUGGCCAUCGGACAAUCUUACACGCACUGUCAAAAGAUCCAGAACAGUCGUAGUAAUAAUUGUAAUAAUGUGAUUCAUCUGUGUUGUUAAACCAGCUUGUUAAUAGUUUCCAUCACUGCUAGUCUCCAUAUCCCUUCACUUGAAUUCAAAUGCUCCUCGACAGUUUAUUUGUGGCUCGGUAAAGUAUUGAUGAUAGCAACUGCCAGGAAAGUAAUCUCAGUGACGUGAUUCCUGUGAUAACACAUGAAGUCAUCGCUUGUCUAUGAAAAAGGAAAUUGAGGUGAUACUCACCCCCUCUCCCCUCACCCUCCCCCAAGAUAUUGUCAAAGUGAAAUUGUUGUCUGUUCAUGCAUGUUGUAACCCAUUUACUACCGGUCAUAUAUAGCUUGUGUCACAUUAGUGUUACCUAUUUUCCAAAGCAUAAUGUCAUUGUGUAUUUGAGAUCUUAAGAGAGGCUUCCAGCACUUAAUCCUUCACAGUGAAGAUGAUGUACUGCUCACUAUGUUGAUGUUUGCUUGUUAGGUUUCAGUAUAACUGAUCAAUGUGAUGCAGUUUGACAGCCUUAACUUAAAGAGUACUCCACCAAUUUAGCAUACAUUUCAAUAGCAUUUAUUCUAAUUCAAUGCAGCAAAAUCAGAGAUAUCCUCUCUUUUUUUAUUCCAUGCAUUCUUCUUCCUCGCCAAAACAAGCUGCCUACAUUACCCACAAUUCAACUCGACCGCCGACUGUUUGGCCGGAGAUUCGGGUGUGGUAUGCUAGUUAGGGCAACAACUACUGAUCAUUUUCAUUAUCGAGUAAUUGAUUUGUUGUUCAGGUCUAUAAAAUGUCAGAAAACGAGUAUAAAAAAAAACCCAGAAUACUCUCAUCCUUUUUUUUUUUUCCUUUUUUAAAAAGGACUCAUCAGUUAUCAAAAUUGUUGGUGAUCAAUUUAAUAGUUGACAACUAAUCGAUUAACCUUUACAGCUCUAAUGCUAGUAGUGGCUAACAGCUUUAAGCAGCUAGCCAAGCGGAGAUGGGGAGUAGGCGUUCUGCAGAGCUCAGUUCUUUCUAACUGUAGUGGUAUUCCCUCACAAAUCUGCGGAGUUCCUUUAAACACAUUUCAAAAUCUUUGUAAGUUGAUUUUCAUGCCAUACAGAAAAGAAAUGGAAUGGCUUCCUGGAAGAGAAACUUAUGGUUUGCUUUGGAAAAUGGUGGCAGUUAUGCUACGUUGACAUGAUUGGUACUAAACUGGCAAAAACAUGCAAGCACCACCAGUACAGUCCUUUUUUAAAAAAGCAAACAAAACCCCCCCAAACAAAAACUGUAUGGUCCUCCAUAGAAUGAUUUUAAAUGUUUGCUUCAUUACUUAGCAAGUCAUCUUUAAGAUCUUCCUUAUACAGUAUUGCCUGGUUGGACUCACAUCAGGUUCUGUUUCAUCACGACUCACAACAACCACGCUGUUUUGUCUUCGUCCUUUGUCUGGGAAAGCCUGUGCAUUCACGUAUAAAGACAAGUCUCCUAUGGAUUCACUUGCACAAGUCAAACUGACAUAACAUAACUUGCUAGUUUUUGUGGCAACAACUAUGGGUCCUGUAAGUGUCGACCUUAGAACUGAUGCACAGUAGGUAGCUACCAUUACGUUCAUGAUUCCAGUCAUAUGCAAGCCUAUUACACUAGUUGUGUGCUGUUACUUUAAAGAAAUGGGUCAGGAAUUUGGAUGUUGAGUCAAGUUUGAAAUCUUUGGCUGGUAACACAUGUUGUGUGAUGAUUUUAAUGUCAAAAAGAAAGGUCAAAAUGAUCAAUAGUGCAUUCUCAUGAAUAUUCAUUUAGGCCCUGAGGUAUAACUGCCAUGUUAGUUGCAUCACCAAUGCCAACAAAAGUGCCUUCUGUUUGAUCACUAGGCCUUGAGCCAAAGACGAGCAACAGUAAUAGCCUUGUAAAAUGAAGAAUGGUAACUGUAACGGGCACGUAUGUUUGCCUUCCUUAAGAUUUAAUCUUAUAAAUUGGUAAUUCCCAAAGAUUUGAUAUCCAGUAUCGGUGCAAAAAUCCAUUCAGAAAUUUGCCAGACAAAAUGUCCCGUCAAAUUAAUGGUCAUUCCCCUUUUUCCUUCCUGAACUCCACUAUGUAAUUCUCAUCUUUAUUUUGUCUAGCUAGGACAUGUUUGUUAGCUAAGAAUACACUCUGUUUAAACUACAUGAUUGUAAUGUUUUUUUCAUCAUUAAUUAUGCCCUUUAGCUGUAUAGACUGUUAACAUUCUGGGUUACUUUAGUUAAAAAAAAAAAAGUUGAGGGGGGUUGGAGGGCUCGGAAUCCAUGUGUCAGCAUAAACUGUUUAUUCAAUUUCUUUGUGGAGGAAAACUUACUGGGUUUGCUUCUGUAUUGCCAAAUAUGUUUUAAAAUGCUGUAUUUUCUUACAUGGAAAAGUGUUACAUGAAUGGUAAGAGGGUGCAAAAAAAUAAUCUGUUUAAAUCCAUUUUACCUUAAGGGAAAACUGUGGAAAAGGUUGACAUGAGAACAUUUUUAAUUGUGUCAUUGUCAUGUGGAAAUGAUCUACCAUUAAAACAUUCCCUCUGAAACAA